AUGACUCUCCUGCCAUCGCCACUCGCUCAGUCCACAUUGGGCGAGAAGGCCGCGCUCUACCUAGACCACGUCACCGACAACAUCCCCGAGUUUCUCCACACCCUCCGACCUCGAUUGGACCCGUGGCUGACUUAUUCGGCCACACACUUCCGCUCGGUCGCGCAGGCGCUACCAUUCGACGCCGACGAGCAAACUACCGCUAUUUGUGCGGCUCUGCUUGUCUGUGUGCUUACAAUAGCCACUAUGAGUUGGGGUAACCCCCUUAACCUAUGGCGUCGGUCUACCCCACAGGUCACCGAGGGGAAUGAUUUCAGCUACAUAACACCUGAUUACAUAGUUGAUCCUCCGGCGAACAGCAGUUCUCGUCCGAACAAUCAGUAUCGGUAUGAAGAAAACGUGGAUGAAAACGAGCCAGAUACGAUUUCCCUCCGCCACCGUGGCACCUUCUACCCCCUUCGUUUCCGCGCGUAUGCGAUCGAUGACGGCUUGUUGACCGUGGGCGCUCUUCGCGAGGAGGCAGCAAGACAGACCGGAGCUACCAACCCCAACCAAGUCCGAUUGUUGUAUAAGGGAAACCUUCUCAAGGAUGAUCACCGAUCAUGCAAGGCGGAGGGACUUAAGCAGCACUCCGAGGUUCUGUGUGUAGUCUCUGAGGUUGGUGCUAGUACUCCGAGCGAGGUUUCUGAUUCAAGUGACCCCCGCCGUCCCGGAUCUUCAUCGUCACGAUUGGACGGAGAUGAUGGAGAAGGUAUUGGCUCUUCUAGCGACAAAGGCAAAAAGAAGAAGAACAAGAAGAAGAGCAAGGGCAAGAAGAAGGCCUCUCUGGAGCCAAUCCAGCCAGCACCAAGUGGAUCUUCCUCCCAUCCUCCUCUGCCACCCAACCUUAAGCUUCUGCCCGGUAAAAUGGAGCAGAUCGCAGCAUUGCAGGGAUACCUCCAACAAGUGCUGAUCCCAAUGUGUGAUGAAUACGUGUCCGACCCACCCGCAGAGGGUAAGAAGCGAGAGUUCGAAUAUCGGAAGUUGAGCGAGACUGUUUUAGCUCAAAUCAUGUUAAAGGCAGACGGGAUUGAGCCCGACGGCAAUGAUGAUGUACGCAAUGCCCGCAAGGCGUUGAUUAGAGAAGCACAGGCCAAUCUGAACCGGCUCGAUCAGGUAAACAAGGAAUAA